AUGGUCGCCACCAUAGCUACAAAAUCGGCCAAGGGAUUAAAGGGCGACUACGUGCGUGCCAUGAAGUCAGCAGCCGCCACCUUGGCAGAGCGCAUGGAAAGGAUAGUAAGCCGCACAACAAAUGAAGAGACAAUGGACCAACGCAAGGAGCUGGAUCUGAUGCACGCCCGCCUCGAGCAAGUGUCAGAAGAGAAUGGCCAUCUUCGGGCGGAGAACGUGAGCGUAAUAUGUUACGCCGACGACACGUUGGUCGUGGCUCCGGGGAGGGACUACCGGGAGUCUGCCCGUCUGGCGUGCGCAGGCGUGGCACACGUCGUCACUAGGAUCCGACGGUUGGGGCUCGAGGUGGCGCUCGAUAAAACCCAGGCCCUGCUUUUUCACGGGCCGGGACGAGCGCCGCCUGUGGGUGCCCACCUCGUGAUCGGAGGCGUCCGCGUCGGGGUUGGGGUGACCGGUCUUCGGUACCUCGGCCUCGAACUGGAUAGUCGGUGGAACUUCCGCGCUCACUUUGAGAAGUUGGGCCCUCGACUGAUGGCGACGGCCGGCUCUCUGAGCCGGCUGCUUCCAAACGUCGGGGGUCCCGAUCAGGUGGCGCGCCGCCUCUACAUGGGGGUGGUGCGGUCGAUGGCACUAUACGGCGCGCCCGUAUGGUGCCACGCCCUGACCCGCCAGAACGUCGCCGCGCUGCGACGUCCGCAGCGCGCGAUCGCGGUCAGGGCGAUCCGAGGAUACCGCACCGUCUCCUUCGAGGCGGCGUGCUUGCUCGCCGGGGCGCCACCCUGGGACUUG